AUGAAGGACUAUUUGUGGCGGCAGCGCACCAAACUGGAGGCUACCCUUGCGUUCUCGAUGAUGGAGCCCUGGGAGAAGUUACUUUGCAUGAUUAUAUUCACGUUCUUUACGCUGUUGCUGAUAUCUGGACUAUACCAGUAUCUUCCGGAACACGUCUUCAUUAUGCAGAAGCGGGCGUCCUACUACCUAUGGGGUCAAGACGGAGACGAACGGUUGCUGAGGCAGUGGGCUGAUCCGCCGUCGCCCUUGAAGGAGCUAUAA